UACACAAAGUAGUAGCUAUACUAAUCAGAAAAACAGAAACAAGAGGCAAACAGUCGCACGACAUUCAGUGUGUGAAGUCACGAAUUUACUGCAACGCAGAUUUACAAGUCAACGACUAUGGUCGGUUAGGGACAAAACUUUUUGCACAAAACUCAUUUAACCAGCUCAACAGGAUGAGCAACAACAAGCAGAUAUCGUUGGUGGAAAAGUUGUGCGGUUUGGCUUUCAUUUUGGCCGCUGUGGCGUUCGAUCGGAGCGCGUGCAGCCACUUGCCAACGCAUCGCAUCGAUUAUCCCGAGGAUGCGUUGACGCUGAACGAACGCUUCUUCAAUGACGUGCGAGCGCUGAUCAAGCGGCGACUCAAGGAAAAUGCGGCGCUGCAGGAAUUGCAUAUGGACAAUGAAAAUGUCGUUGGAAUAAACGGGGCCGUCGGCGGUGGCGGUGGAGUUGGCAGCCGCAGUGAUAGCAACGAGUUGUUAGCUAAUUACGAGCGCAGCAGCGCUGGCGGGGGCGUUGACGGAGACGGCGGUAGGAAUGUUGUAACGCCACCGCCGACAGUGCCAACACCCGUGUUGGUGGAGAACUGGCCCACCGAGAGUCACUCUUUCGGUCAAGUCGCUGCUGUGUCCAUAGAUCCACAUGGCAAUCCGGUCAUCUUUCAUCGCGCCGACAGAUAUUGGGAUGCUAACACAUUUAACGACAGCAACAUAUUCUAUUUGAUCGAGUAUGGUCCCAUUAAGGAGAAGACCAUUUAUAUAUUGGAUCCCAAAACUGGUGCCAUAAAGUCUGGUUGGGGUGAGGAUAUGUUCUACAUGCCUCAUGGUUUGACCAUCGAUGUGCAUGGGAACUAUUGGAUUACGGACGUGGCAAUGCAUCAGGCAUUUAAGUUCAAACCAUUUGAAAGCCAACCGCUGCUGACUGUAGGAAAACGUUUUAAGCCCGGUUCCUCCAUUAACCAUCUCUGCAAGCCCACUUCCAUUGCUGUGGCAACAACAGGUGAAUUCUUCAUCGCCGAUGGUUACUGCAACAGUCGCAUAUUGAAAUUCAACGCUGCUGGACGCAUUCUACGCACCAUACCACAACCACCAGAAUUUCUCUCACUACAAGUGCCGCAUGGCAUCACUCUGCUGGAACAUCUGGAUCUCUUAUGUAUUGCCGAUCGUGAAAAUAUGCGCGUUGUGUGUCCAAAAGCCGGUUUGAAGUCGUCGCAAGGUGAGGGUCAACCCGCCGCCACCAUACAAGAGCCCGAUUUGGGACGUGUGUUUGAUGUGGCCGCUUAUGGUGAUAUUGUUUACGCCGUAAAUGGACCGACAUCCAUGUUGCCCGUGCGCGGUUUCACCAUCGAUCCACGCUCCGAGACGAUCAUCGGUCAUUGGGGCGAAUUCAAGAACCCACAUUCAAUUGCGGUGUGUGUCAAUGGAUCGGCGCUGUAUGUGACCGAGAUCGGUACAAAUCAUCAGACCAACAAAGUAUGGAAGUAUGUGUUGGUUUAAGUGCAGUGAGGGGGGAAGGUGUUGGCAAAGUGGAGUUGGCAUGAAGGUGUUGGAAAGUGAAGCUGAAGUGCAGGUGUGUGAAAGUUUGUGGAAGUAAGAGGAGAAGAGGAAACAAGAUUUUUUUUUUAAGAUUUAAACACAGCAACAAUAAUCCAGUGUACACGCAAUUAUAUAUAACACAAACAAAUAGCAAAUAC